GAUAUGUCAGUUACCUAAUUUAUGUGGAAAUGCCUCUUUUCAGGCUUUUCAGGCUCUGAUCCAUGUGCCCAUGGACAUGAUUGCCAGCACAUUUGUAUAAACAGUGAUGACUCGUACAUCUGCAAGUGCCAAGUGGGAUAUAAGUUAAAUACAGACCAAAAAACGUGCUCACGUUUGGAUAUAUGUGACCAGGGACAUGACUGCGAGCAUAUUUGUGUCACAAAUGGUGAUUCUUACCUUUGCAAGUGUCGUGAGGGAUAUGUGUUGAAUGCAGACCAGAAAACAUGUUCACGAAGUUGGGAGCCUGGGACUGAUGCCCCUACAGGUACAGAUAAAUGUGCCCAGGGACAUGACUGCCAACAUAUAUGCAUCAGCAAUGAUGACUCGUACAUCUGCAAAUGUCAAGGGGGAUAUGUGUUGAAUGCAGACCAGAAAACAUGCUCACGUUCUGAUGCAUGUACCCAGGGACAUGACUGCCAACAUAUUUGUGUGAAAAAUGGCGAUUCUUACUCUUGCAUGUGUCAUGAGGGAUAUGUUUUGAACGCAGACCAGAAAACAUGCUCACGUUUGGAUACAUGUGCCCAGGGACAUGACUGCCAGCAUAUUUGUGUCAAAGAUGGUGAUUCUUACCUUUGCACAUGUCAUGAUGGAUAUGUGUUGAAUGCAGACCAGAAAACAUGCUCACGGUCUGAUCCAUGUGCCAAUGGACAUGAUUGCCAGCAAAUUUGUAUAAACAGUGAUGAUUCAUACAUCUGCAAGUGUCGAGAGGGAUAUACUUUGAAUCCAGACAAGAAAACAUGCUCACGUUCAGAUACAUGUGCCCAAGGACAUGACUGCCAACAUAUUUGUGUAAGCAAUGAUGACUUGUUUGUCUGCAAGUGUCGAACGGGAUAUGUGUUGAAUGCAGACCAGAAAACAUGCUCACGAUCGGAUGCAUGUGCCCAGGGACAUGAUUGCCAGCAGAUUUGUGUCAAAAGUGAUGACUCGUAUAUCUGCAAGUGUCACGUGGGAUAUGUAAUGAAUGCAGAUCGGAAAACAUGCUCACAUAAGCACCUGAUUUGUCUCAAUAUGCAUAUUUGUCUGUGGCGUGAUCCAGCAUCUCAGAUAUUCCACAUUUGGAGCUUCAAAGAACUUUUCAUCAGAGCACCAAAAGCCCCAACUGGAGAGUAGGAGCUGGUGAGGUAGUUUGUCAGGCGGACAAACCACAUAUAAAUUCUUGCAAAUAGUGUUUUCCAUUUUGGGGGUCAGCGUGAAUAAGCAGGAGAUAUAGAG